CCUCCGAGCUCGCAGAGCGCCUGCGCCGUCGGGAUUCCCGUCGGGACGCGUUCUUGUUUCCCUCCUUCCCAGCCCCACCCCUCCCCCUCCAGCUGCGCGCGCCCGGUGGGCGUGGGAGGAGGCGUGGAAACUGGGAGGGGGCGGGUGUCGCGGGAGGGAAGGAGCGAACCGGAGAGCGUCGUCCUGAGGAGGAGUGAAGGCGGCAAAAUGGCGGACCGCUUCUCCCGCUUCAACGAGGACCGAGACUUUCAGGGUAAUCACUUUGAUCAGUAUGAAGAAGGACACUUGGAGAUUGAGCAGGCGUCCCUUGACAAGCCUAUCGAAUCGCAGUUGGCCCAUAUUAGCUAAGCAGCCAUGAUCUGCCCAGUUUUUAAAGCCAGGAUAAUAUUGGACACCGCUUACUCCAGAAACAUGGGUGGAAGCUGGGCCAGGGAUUGGGAAAAUCGCUUCAGGAAAAAAGCCGAUACUAAAAAUAGGAAUUUGGGGAGGUCAGGAAACAGCCCCUCUGAAUCACAAAGCCAGCAUUAUGAUCCUGGACUUGUUGUGGUGAUGGUAAACUUAGCAGUGGGAGAACAGACCCUAUUCCAAUCGUUGUCAAGUAUGACGUCAUGGGCAUGGGUCGAAUGGAAAUGGAGCUGGAUUAUGCCGAAGAUGCUACCGAAAGGCGCCGUGUCCUAGAAGUAGAAAAAGAAGACACAGAAGAGCUGAGGCAGAAGUACAAGGAUUAUGUUGACAAAGAAAAGGCAAUUGCAAAAGCCUUGGAAGACCUCAGAGCUAACUUUUACUGUGAGCUCUGUGAUAAACAGUAUCAGAAACACCAGGAAUUUGACAACCACAUCAACUCUUACGAUCAUGCGCACAAGCAGAGAUUAAAAGAUCUCAAGCAGAGAGAAUUUGCCCGAAAUGUCUCUUCAAGAUCCCGCAAAGAUGAGAAGAAACAAGAAAAAGCCCUUCGGCGGCUCCAUGAGUUGGCAGAGCAAAGAAAACAAGCUGAAUGUGCACCUGGAAGCGGUCCCAUGUUCAGACCAACCACAGUGGCUGUAGAUGAAGAUGGCGGUGAUGAGGAUAAAGAUGAAUCAUCAACAAACAGUGGUGCAAACGCCAUUUCUUCUUGUGGCCUUGGAUCUGAUGUCUCAACAGAUAAAGGGGGCCCCUUCACUGCAAUACAGAUCACUAAUACCACUGGACUGUCACAGGCUCCUGGGUUAGCCUCCCAAGGUAUCAGCUUUGGCAUUAAGAAUAAUCUGGGGCCCCCACUGCAAAAAUUGGGAGUAUCAUUUUCCUUUGCCAAGAAGGCUCCCGUCAAACUUGAAUCAAUAGCAUCAGUUUUCAAGGACCAUGCAGAGGAAGGGACAUCUGAAGAUGGAACGAAAGCUGAUGAGAAGAGUUCUGACCAAGGAGUGCAGAAGGUGGGAGAUCUUGAUGGGAGUGCUAACCUUGAUGGAAAGAGAGAAGAUGAAGACCCUCAGGAUGGGGGAUCCCUUGCCUCAACACUAUCCAAGUUAAAAAGGAUGAAGCGGGAAGAAGGAGCUGGGGCUACAGAGCCAGAAUAUUACCACUAUAUCCCCCCAGCACACUGCAAAGUCAAACCUAACUUUCCCUUCUUACUCUUUAUGAGAGCCAGUGAACAAAUGGAAGGUGACCAUAGUACACACUCAAAGAAUGCCCCAGAGAACAAGAAAAGCAGUUCUCCCAAGCCUAAAGGCUGCAUUAGGGUGGCAGCAGCAAGCCAAGGAGCAGAAAAGGCAGCUAGUGAAGUUUCUGAGCGGCAAAAGGAAACCUCUGUGGCUGGGCCUUCAGAAGCUGGAGGCAAAACUGAGACAAAGAAAAGCUCAGGAGGGGGCUUAGGUGUGCAGAGUGCUGAGAGUCAGGAGAGCCCAGAGAGCCAGAUGUGUGAAUCCAACCCUAAAGAAGUUCCUCAGGCCACCCCAGCAGCAAAAGCAGGCCAGGGGCCCAAGCAUUCCACUGGCCCCUUCUUUCCAGUUUUGAGCAAGGAUGAAAGCACUGCCCUCCAGUGGCCAUCAGAACUAUUAAUCUUCACCAAAGCAGAGCCCUCCAUUUCCUACAGUUGUAAUCCUUUAUACUUUGACUUCAAACUUUCAAGAAACAAAGACGCUAAAGCUAAAGGAACAGAAAAGCCAAAAGACACUGGAGGCUCCUCAAAGGAUCAUCUCGACAGCCUUGAGCCUAGAGAGCCAAACAAACGCAAGGGGGGGGAGCAGAGUGUUGUGCACUCCUCAGAAAGCAGAGUGGACGAGUCUGCUGCGGGGGCUGCCUGUAGCAGCCUGAACAAGCAGGAGCCUAUGGGUAGCCACGGGUCAGAAACUGAAGACACCGGAAGAAGCCAUCCUAGCAAGAAAGAAUCAUCAGGCAAGUCUCACAAACACAAAAAGAAAAAGAAACACAAAAAAUCCAGUAAGCACAAACGUAAACACAAGGCUGACGCGGAAGAGAAGGGCUCGAAGGCCGAGUCUGGGGAGAAGUCUAAGAAGCGCAAGAAACGGAAACGGAAGAAGAACAAAUCAUCAGCCCCAGCUGAUUCUGAACGAGGACCGAAGCCAGAGCCUCCUGGAAGUGGCAGCCCUGCACCAAGGCGCCGGCGCCGAGCUCAAGAUGAUUCCCAGCGGAGAUCCCUCCCUGCUGAAGAAGGAAACAGUGGCAAGAAGGAUGGUGGUGGAGGUGGGAGCAGCUCUCAAGAUCACAGCGGAAGGAAACACAAAGGUGAGCCUCCAGCUUCAUCCUGCCAGCGGAGAUCUGGCACCAAACACAGCAGCCGGUCUAGCCAUCGAAACCAACCCAGUAGUGGAGAUGAGGAGAGUGAUGAUGCUUCUUCACAUAGGCUGCACCAGAAGUCUCCAUCUCAGUAUAGUGAGGAGGAGGAGGAAGAAGAGGAGGAAGAUGAAGAUUCGGGCAGUGAGCAUUCUCGUAGCCGUUCUCGAUCUGGCCGUCGCCAUUCCUCACACCGUUCCUCCCGGCGUUCUUAUUCAAGCAGCUCUGAUGCGUCUUCAGACCAGAGCUGCUACAGUAGACAACACAGUUACUCUGAUGAUAGCUAUAGUGACUAUAGCGACCGAUCACGAAGGCACUCCAAGCGCUCUCAUGAUUCAGAUGAUUCAGACUAUGUCAGCUCUAAACACAGGUCCAAACGACAUAAAUACUCAUCAUCUGAUGAUGACUAUAGCCUCAGUUGCAGCCAGUCCAGAAGCCGAUCUCGGAGUCAUACUAGGGAGCGAUCAAGAUCCCGGGGCCGAAGCCGUAGUAGCAGUCGAAGCCGCAGUCGAAGCAAGAGAAGUCGCAGCACCACAGCCCACAGCUGGCAGCGAAGCCGAAGUUAUAGCAGGGACCGGAGCUGUAGUACCAGGAGCCCUUCCCAGAGAUCAGGCUCCAGAAAGGGAUCGUGGGGUCAUGAGAGCCCAGAGGAGAGGCGCUCUAGCCACCGGGAUUUCAUCCGUUCUAAGAUCUACCGCUCUCAGUCUCCCCACUAUUUCCGAUCAGGUCGGGCCGAAGGUCCUGGAAAGAAAGAAGAUGGCAGAGGAGAUGAUAGUAAAGGAGCAGGCCUUCCCUCCCAGAAUAGCAACCCUGGCCCAGGAAGGGGAUCAGAGAGUGACUGCAGCCCUGAAGAUAAGAAUUCUGUUACUGCCAGACUGCUACUAGAGAAGAUCCAGUCCAGGAAAGUGGACAGGAAACCCAGUGUGUGUGAGGAGGUGCUGGCCACCCCUAAUAAGGCUGGGCUCAAGUACAAGAACCCCCCACAAGGUUACUUCGGGCCUAAGCUCCCCCCUUCUCUUGGUAAUAAGCCUGUCCUUCCACUGAUAGGGAAGCUUCCAGCCACCAGGAAGCCCAGUAAGAAAUGUGAAGAGUCUGGCUUGGAAAGGGGUGAAGAGCAGGAACAGUCAGAGCCAGAAGAAGGGUCCCCUGGGGGUAGUGAUGCCCCAUUUGGCCAUCAGUUCUCCUCAGAGGAAACAGCUGGGCCCUUAUCAGACCCUCCCCCAGAAGAGCCAAAGUCUGAGGAAGCUACUGCUGAUCACUCUGUGGCUCCACUAGGCACCCCAGCACACACUGACUGCUACCCUGGCGAUCCAGCCAUCUCCCAUAACUACCUCCCUGACCCCAGUGAUGGGGAUACCCUGGAGUCUCUGGAUAGUGGCAGCCAACCAGGCCCUGUGGAAUCCAGCUUGCUGCCUAUAGCCCCAGACCUUGAGCACUUCCCCAAUUAUGCACCUCCCAGUGGGGAACCUAGUAUUGAAUCAACCGAUGGGACUGAAGAUGCUUCAUUGGCUCCUCUAGAGAGCCAGCCCAUCACCUUCACCCCUGAGGAGAUGGAGAAGUACAGCAAGCUCCAGCAGGCUGCACAGCAACACAUCCAGCAGCAGCUUCUGGCCAAACAAGUAAAGGCCUUUCCAGCCUCAACAGCCCUAGCGCCAGCCACACCAGCCCUGCAGCCUAUCCACAUUCAGCAGCCAGCCACGGCUUCUGCCACCUCCAUCACAACUGUCCAGCAUGCCAUCCUGCAGCACCAUGCUGCAGCCGCCGCCGCCGCCAUUGGCAUUCACCCUCAUCCUCACCCUCAGCCACUCGCCCAAGUACAUCAUAUUCCCCAGCCCCAUCUGACCCCUAUUUCCUUGUCCCACCUCACCCACUCGAUUAUCCCUGGCCACCCUGCCACCUUUCUUGCUAGCCACCCUAUCCAUAUAAUUCCUGCUUCAGCUAUCCAUCCUGGGCCCUUCACCUUUCACCCUGUCCCACACGCUGCCCUCUACCCUACCCUGCUUGCUCCACGGCCUGCUGCUGCAGCUGCCACUGCCCUUCAUCUUCACCCACUACUUCACCCCAUCUUCUCAGGUCAGGACCUGCAGCACCCUCCCAGCCAUGGUACUUGAGUUGGGAGUUGUAAGCCUAAGUUGAGCCAGGGAAGGUGACCUAUUCUUCCCUUGGGGGUGUUGAGCCAUUUAUACCAGCAACUGAAAGCUGGAACGGGCAGUGUCUUGACAGCCAAAGAAAUGAGUUUUGGCUUGCAGGGAUGGAUUAGGUUUGAGGUUUGCUUUGGGUUUACUAUCAGGGAUAUUUCACCCCUUUCUAUUAGUCCCUCCUCCUGUGUUUCUAAGCUAGGGAACACCAGUAAGUGCUACCCACACUCCUCUGCAGCAACUUCUCCUUCCUCCCUCCACUUUCUAAUUCUCUGCUCUUCCCCCUCUGUAAGUUUAAAACAUUUUCCUCCUCUAAUGGGUCGUCACCAAAGCACUUGCCAUGGGUCCAUCUGGUCCUGCCUUCUCAGUGCCACGACGAAGGCCAGGCUGUCUCUCCAGCUGUGAAAAUGCCACCACUUUGGGCAGUGUCUUUGACCAUCCCUUGGUGACAUGUUAUCCCAAGCCAGGUGGAAGAGGGAGUCUAACCUGGAACCAAAAGCAACUCAGGCUGCAAUUUGAUCCACUUUGCUUACAAACAGAGCCACACAUCUGGCACUACUGUCCUCAUGCCCCUCAUCCCAGAAGAGGCAUCUACAUAUCCCAGAAAAGAUCCUAUCAUGAGUAGAAGCUAUUCAAUGGAACAUAGGGUCACCCAUGUGCUUCCCAGAAAGGAGCUCUGUGUCUGAAGGGUAUAUUCUGUUAUGUUGAUGUUUUCUUCUUAAUUUAUAGGAUUUUUAAAUGUAAAAUUGCACUGAACUCUAUAAACGUAAAUGCUGCUUUUUGUAGCCCAUAUUAAAAAGGUUCCGUAUUUGUAGUAUACUGCAAUAAUAUUUUUACAUCCAGCUCUUUAAGUGAUCCUUGUUCUGGUGGCUUUCUGUAAAUAUGUUUGCCCUAGUUGAAUUAAACUUAAAGGUUAUAAAGACAAAAAUAAAAAAUAAA